UGCUUCACUCAGCUCUGUUACCAAUCGAGACGAGGGCGCGAGUGGAGUAAUAGUAACAGCUUAGCAACCGUCAACACUAAACUCCAGUAGUUUUUAACGCUUUUAGUGAGGACUUAAAACUUGAGGCGAACUAACCGAACAAGACCAGGAGAGCAACCUGCUGAUAAAUGAAAGAAUCUCAAAUCCCUUUUUCUUGUUCAUGCAGUAAAAGCGAGAAAAAGUCCAGCAAAGCCAUGUCCACACUUUGAAUACAGCAAUGGCUCAAUCAGCGAUGUUGUCUGUCCUCAUCCUUGUUUUGCUGAUACUCACUGGAACUCUGUGCUUGAAGCCUGAGGAAAGAGCAGGACUCCUUUCAGGUGUGCUGGACUUGCCGUGGCAGGACCAAGUGUGCUAUGACUCAACUUCAGCGCAGGAGGGGGAGGGGAGCAGCACGCCGACACCUGAGAGAAUCCGUUCUGGAUCAAUGCUCUCACAACACCCUUACUGCUACUUAAGGAGCAUUUCAACUGGAUCAAGUCUUAACAAAGCCUCUGGCGGCACCUGUUUGAACAUCCUGUGCAGGAUUGACGAAAACUGGGAAACUUUGACGUGUGAUUUGGGGGUUCCCAGACUUCCUUCAGCCAGGCUGAACUCUGCUGUUGUGGCAGUUAGCCUACAGCGCUUGAUGUUCCACAAAAAUUACCCAUCAGUCGACGACACGAGUAUGGAAUCUUAUGAAUCUGUUGUCUGUGAAACAAAGGAUUCCUCCAGGUGCUCAAUUUCCAUUGGCACUACAAGUUUUGUUUCCAUUGUAUCUGUCAACAUAUCCGGCUGUGAAGCUCGACCGAUUCUGCUCAGCGUACCAGCUCGACCUGUGAAACCCAGAACUCCUUUGAACCUCUCACAUUUCCAAACCAUCAAGCCAGAACUGAUUUUGCAGUGGGAUGAACCAAAAGACUAUGGUUCUGGCCCGUUAAGAUAUGAGGUCCGAUACUCAAAUGACACUCAUUCUUCAUGGCAGGUGGUGUCUACAGGUCUGGAGCGCCGACUGAGUCUGGAUCUGGAGCCCGAAGUCAACUACACCAUGCAGGUUCACUGCUCUGACCUGCGUGAUCCUCCAUUGUGGAGUAACUGGAGUGAACCCUAUCACAUCUACCUUGGCCGGGCCUCGAUUGACAUCAAAUGUGAAACCAGUGGUGACAUUGACGUGAUGGACUGUAGCUGGAACAACACUUGGUGGAUCAAACCCAAAUUCCAAUACGCAUGGACUGACCUACCCUGUGAUGUGAUGGAGGAGAGAGAGAAAAAGGGGGAGGAAGUUGGAGAGCUGGGGCCUGACUGUCUUCCGGUCCGAUCCAAGCAACAAGCCUGCACCAUCCAGGACAUACGGAGGAAUUGCUACAAACUGUGGCUAGAGAUGCUUUCCCAUCAAGGCCCUUUCAGAUCCAAACACAUCUACAUAUCACCUCUAGAUCAUGUAAAGCCUCACAAACCGUCCAAUGUGAAGGCAGUGAAUCUGCAAAGUGGGAUUCUGAGGAUCACGUGGGAACCUCUACCUUUGCAUGUGCAGGGACUCCAGUGUCAGUUCCGUUACCACUCUCCUUCUGCCAUCAAAGCUCAGCCAGAGUGGAAGCUCAGUAAUCCAGUGUGGGUACCGUCAGCGGAGAUUCCGGUUCCAGACAUGUGCCAGGUUUAUGCGGUUCAGGUGAGCUGCAAACCCGCCAACCGCACUGGCUACUGGAGCGACUGGAGCGACUCGGUCUACUCUGUACCCCAAAACAGUCAAGCUCCAGAACAUGGCCCUGAUUUUUGGAGACUUCUUGAAAAUGAUCAGCUCACGAACUCGACAAAUGUUACUCUUCUGAUUACGCCUCUUCCAAAAAUGAGCCGCUCCUACUGCAUCGAUGGAUACAUAGUCCAGCAGCAGACUUCAAAUGGUAUUGUGAAGAGGGAGAAGAUUGAGCUCCUGUCCUCCUACAGCUUUGAGUGGAAGCAAGAUCUCCAAAGUGUGACAGUGGAAGCCUACAACAGUCUGGGGAGUUCCAGAAAAAACAUGAUCAUGACACUGGACAGAAGACCUAAACGCCGGAGCGUGCGUUCUUUCCGCGUGCUGCUUAUCAACGGCACUUGUGUGUCUCUGCAUUGGAGCCUCGUGGACAACAGCUCGACUCCACUCUUCAUGGUGGUGCAGUGGGCACCACAGCGGCAAGAUGGCUUUGAUCUGAGCAAAGCUCACAGUGGGCGCACCUGGGCCAGGCUGCCCUCCACCGAUUGUUCCGUCCACCUAACAGGUGAUUUUUAUGCAUCUGAGGAGUACGGCUUCUACUUGUAUCCUGUGUUUUCGGAGGGCGAGGGCGAGCCUGCCUUCACAAUAGCCACCAGAGGAGACCCUUCUGCCUACAUGACGUUGCUGAUCAUCGCCCUCCUCUCCAUCGUCCUCUUCAUCACCCUGGUCCUCUCCCAAAACCAGAUGAAAAGGUUUGUGUGGAAGGAUGUGCCCAACCCAAAAAAAUGCUCCUGGGCAAAAGGACUCAACUUCAAGAAGGCUGACACUUUCCACGAGCUCUUCCAGUCCUCAGAUAUCCUGCCAGCUUGGCCGCUUCUGCUACCCUCCGAGAACAUUUCCAAAGUGGUCAUCAUGGAAAAGGCUAACAUGUCAGUUCUGAGCGGAGCCUUGGUCCGCAGCCCACUUAUAACCCCAACUCUCGACGCAGUGUCCUGUCCAUUUAUUGAAGUGGACCAAAACGUCAUCCCGUCCUCAAUUCUAGAUUUGGAUAUUUUAACCAAUCCCAGGCCACAGCUUGAUGAGCUGCAGCUCAUUGAUCCCCCACCGAGCGUCCUGGAGAAUUCAGCCCAGUCUUCAGUCGCAUAUGCCGCAGUGCUGCUUACCAACGCUAAGCAGGAGCUACAGUCCAUCCAUCUCUCGGACCGGGACGGCAGCGGCAGCAGCUCCAGCGAUGAGGGCAAUUUCUCUGCCGACAACUCGGACAUUUCUGGCUCUUUCCCCGGUGGCCUGUGGGAGCUGGAGAGCUGCCAUGACCGAGAGGUGGAUGAUCCACGUCGAUCCUGCUCCUACAACUCAGUGGAAGAACUUUCUGAACCAUCCGAUCAAGAAGAUGCAACAGAAGAAAAGGACUUGUACUAUCUCAGCAUGGACUAUCAAGCGGAGAAUGAGGAGGGUGAGGGAGAGGUCAAGCAGAAAGAAGAGCUGCUGAAAAGUGUUACUUUGAGCAGAGAUGGCUGCUCAGUGGAGUCGCACCUUACGCCCACUGAGCUGGUUUCCACAUCCACGUGCGACUUAGCGCCACUCUACAUGCCCCAGUUCAGGACUGCACCGUACAGCAGGCAACUGCCAGAUUGAAAAAGCUCAUGUGGUUGGCGCAAUGUUCCACAUUAGAUUUCACGUAUUGUGAGCUGCAUCAUCACUAAAGACUUGGCAAUCAGGUCCUGCGGACUUAAAUUGACAUUGAAUGUCAAAAAGCUUCAAAUGGUGUGUAACUCUAGAGUGAUGUUCAUCAAUGCUGCUAUUUCUUUGUUCAGUGUGAGGUACUGAUCCUCGCAGUAGAGGUGUAUUUUAUUCUGAUUGGGCCCAAGUUUUGGCUCAGCCAAAAUGCUUCUCUGCAGUCAUGUUACAAUGGUCGCUGAUGAGUGUAUGUGAGCUCAAAUUAUGUCCUGAAUAAAACAUAAUGAGAUUUAAGAGAAUAUUUCAACAGGGAGAAAAGAAUGCUGUCAUUUUAUAGAUUCUGUGGCUGCAACUCUUGUCAGACAGCUUUUACGUGACAGAUGUCAUUUACGUUGUCAUCUUUUGUAAAUAAAACUCGCAUAUAAUACGCAAAGGCCGAAAGAAGAGCUGUGUGAAAACAUCUGCCUUCAUAAAUACAAUCAGAUCAUGAACAUUGUACUGAUUAAGGGUCCAGUGAGCCUAAAUUAGAAAAAAAAAAAAAAAAGAAAAUACUGUAAUAUGGUGAAUAACUGUUGUUGCACAUUGAUAUAUUUUGUCUAUUUUUUCAUGGUGAAUAUAAAUGAUUUGUAAUUAAACUCAUGCAUGUCUUUAUUAAUAGCCCAGUGAGACCAUCUGGCUUAUUGCUUGAUCCCGUCACCCUUCUGGAAAUGAACAUGGCUUUGCACAACAACAGGUUUGUUCAAGUUAGAA